AUGGCUGUUGGAAUAUUGGAAGUGCAGCUGGUGAAUGCAAAAGGCCUCAGAGACACUGAUUUCUUUGAGGCUGUAACAGGGGAUGAAUCCUCUCAUUUAACAAAAUGGAGGAAGAUUUUAUAUGAACCAGUUCUCAACGGAAAUGACAAAGGGUUUGAGAUCUGCACAGCAGGUCUCGAGUUCGAGUCAGGACGUGCACUUCUUGUAAAAGACUGGGACAGUCGGGGUUUUAUUCGUUCACCUGGACCUACAAAGUACGCUUUUCAGGGAAUGAGGAUCUAUGUGAAGGAUUUGUUGACAUCAGGAGUGCAAAAUGGAACUGCCGAACUACAUCCCUGCAAGUACAGAGUGGUUGAUGCUAGUCAAUCAUAUGUUGGAGAGAUUCAAGUUGGUGUCACUUUUACUCUCAAGGAGGAACAAAUUUAUGACGGGGAAGAGUACGGCGGAUGGAAUGAAAGCAGUUUUUAA